AUGGCAUUGAAAAAAUCUUAUCAUAUCGAGUCAUUUUUGAAUUUAAAAAAUGAUAUAGAAAAAUCAUUUAUUAAAAUUGAACAACUUUAUGCACAAACGUCAAAAGAUGACAAUGAAUUAGAAAAUCUAUUCAAAAAUAUAGCAUGGAAUUUAGAAGAUCUUGAAAAAUUAAAUCAAUUACCACAAAACAAUAACGAUGAUGAACUUUCUCAAUCUCAUCAUAAAGAAAUAGAAGAUGAAAAUGUAUCAUUGCCAAUACUUGACGAUAAAAUAUCGAAUGAAUUUGAUGAAGAAGCAGAAGAUAAAACAUUACUCAAAAGAGAAUUUACACAUCCAUUAGAAACAAUUAAUAAUCGAUCAUCUAAACCCAAACAACAUUCUAUUUUUUUUUAUUCAAAAGAAAAUAGUGAACCGUUUUUAUUAAAAAAAACUAACAUUUUAAACACGAAUUUUUCAUCUUCUAAUGAACGUAUCGAUUAUGUUAAACGGAUGCGUAUACGACUAAAUUAUUAUAAGAAUGAAAUGAUGAAACAAGAAAAUAUGGACAUUGUUAAUUUAUCUCCAUCGUUAUCUACUUCACUAUCAUCUUCACGUGAUGCAAUUCUUAAAACUCAAGAUGAACAAUUGAAUACUAUUCAUAGUACCGUUCUUUCAUUAAAACAUUUAACACAAAAUAUUAAUUUUGAACUUGAUGGACAUGUUCAAGUAUUGAAUAAUUUAGAUCAGAAUAUGGUACAUAAUCAAAAUAAUAUUGAACAAUUAACAAAACAAACAAACUAUUUUGUUAGGAAUAAAUCCGAUCCAAUUGCACACACGCUUCUGACAAUAUUAGCCAUUGUCUUAUUUUUCAUCAUUAUUAUCUUACUUUUAUUUUUUUGA